GACAACGAACGACAAAUAUUUUGAAAAGCCUUAAAUUGAAAAAUUCUGUAAAGCUUUUGGUGGUAUACCUUGCGCAAAACCGGUUGAAAUGGCACAUUUUAACCAGUCUUUCCACACAGCGAGUGGCGCACUUGCUACCAGUGGAAUGCGCAGCCUUCUGGAAGCUAAAAGCCCAGUGCCACCAGAGGCUGAACAGAAUUGUUUUAUACCUGCGAAGCAGCGUCGUCUCUCCAGACCAAAUAAUGUCGAGGAAGUGCGCCUUAAACGUCGCCGACGUAAACAGAAAUUACGAGAAAGGAAACGUAAAGAGACCAGAAAUGUCAAGCAAAGACGGCUGGAGGAGAAAAUAAAGAAAAAUAUUGAGAAAGAAUUGAAAGCCACAACGACUGAAAUGAGAUCGAAGGCCGAGUUUUUUUGGAGAAAGUGGAGAGAGGAAAAGUCUUUGCGUACUACGUCUCGUAUGUCUAUCCAUGAAAUUGACCCAGCCAACUUGAAAAUAUUGUCAAGUGGACGAAAAAAUAAAAUUGGUGAGGGGACAUUUGGCAUCUGUGUAAAAAAGAUGUACAGAGGGCAUGUAGUUGCUGUGAAACAGUUUAAAAGCCAUACAAGUAGAACUGAUGUGGAAAAGGAAGCCAUGAUGAUUAAUUCAUUUGAUCACCCUGGUAUGAAAAUGAUUAAUUAUUAUGAUUACAGCAUACUUGAAACUUACGGCACUGUAACAGAGUUUACGUGGAUAGUUGGGAGGGGUGUGUAUAUUCAUAUAUUCAUGUUCAUAUUUACAUGGAUAUAUUAAUACACCCAUCCCCCCCACACCACCAAUUAUCAAUGUUGGGGAUAGGCCUGUUUACCGUUAGGUAUGAUCAUGUGGAAUAAUGAUUAGCAGUAUGGCAACUCUUCUAGCAAAACUGAUCCUGAAGUUUGUAUUUUCACUCAAAAUUUAAAGCUGAGAAACUUCUGCUUUAAUAGUUGAUUGUUCAUGAUCAACUUCAUUCAAUGUCUCUGUAUUCAGAUUGUGUAAAAUUGUACUGUACAUGGAAAUACAAGAAGACUCAUGACUUA